UGGUUAUUUAUUUUACAAACAUAGAAAAAUGCAACUCAAAACAUUCACUGUAUCUAUUGCAAUUGCUAAAUUAGCUGCUCUUGUCUCUGCCGACGUUUCUGCUAGCAACUAUUACAAUUCCUUGACAUCUCAGAUCAACCCCAAGAACAUCUCUAUUCCAUCCCUUACUCAAACCAGUAGUCAUGAUGUCACAGCCGAAUGUACUUACUACGUUCCAGAUACUUCCCUGAUCACAAUUAACAAUACCGAAUUCCCUACCAUUUGGCAAAAGGCUACCACUAAUGGUAUGAACACCUCUGCUGAAUUCACUUCCUUAUACAACUCCAUUGAUUGGACCAAGGCUCCUAACAUUUCUGUUCGUACUUUUACCUCUGCUGGUGGUCUUGAUACUACUGGUUAUAGUGCCUCUACUGAUCCCGAUUGUUGGUGGUCAGCCUCUACUUGUACUAUCCCCAAACACGAUGGUAUCAAUGCUGAUAUCUACAGGUGUGACGAACCUGAGACCUGGGGUUUGACUUACGAUGAUGGGCCCAACUGCUCUCACAACGCCUUCUAUGAUUACCUUCAAGAAAAGAGCUUGAAGGCCUCCAUGUUCUACAUUGGUUCUAAUGUGCUUGACUGGCCCUACGGUGCUAUGCGUGGUGUCAAGGAUGGCCACCAUAUUGCUUCUCACACCUGGUCUCACCCUUACAUGACCACCUUGACUAACAAGGAAGUUCUUGCUGAAUUGUACUUUACUCAAAAGGCCAUCAAGCUCGCUACUGGCUUGACUCCUCGUUACUGGCGUCCUCCUUAUGGUGAUGUUGAUGACCGUGUUCGUUGGAUUGCUUCUCAAUUGGGUCUUACUGCUAUUAUCUGGAACUUGGAUACUGAUGAUUGGGAAGCUGGUACUGGUACUACUACUGUCCAAGAUGUCGAACAAACCUAUCAAAACUUUGUCAAUAUGGGCACCAACGGUACAUUUGCUAACAGCGGUAAUAUUGUCUUGACUCAUGAAAUCAACAAUACUACUAUGUCUAUGGCUCUUGACUACUUGCCCAAGAUUACUGCUGCUUACAAGCAAGUCAUCGAUGUUGCUACUUGUGCCAACAUCUCUCACCCUUACUUUGAAGACUUUGAGUGGACCAAUGUCUUGAACGGUACUAACAGCAGCUCUUCUGCCUCUUCUGCUGCUGCUAGCGGUAAUGCUGUCAGUGGCGCUAGUUCUGUUGUUCCUAGCGUUGCCUUAGUUGGUGCCUUUGCACUUGCCUUGCUCUUCUAAGUUUUGCAUCUUUAUAUAUUCAUAUUUAAUUGACAAAUAGACCAUUCAUUAUUCCAAUAAAAAUCUUGUAUACAAUCUCAUU